AUGUUGAGAUUUAGACUCACAGGCGGGUCUUCCAGACGUUUUCUAAGUCAAUCUUCAACACUUUUGGCCGCCAAGAAGCAGCAUGAUCUUGUUGUGAUCGGUGCCGGUCCCGGUGGUUACGUUGCUGCAAUUAAGGCUGCUCAACUUGGAUUUGAUGUUGCCUGUGUUGAGAAACGUGGAAGAGCAGGUGGUACUUGUUUGAAUGUGGGAUGUAUCCCAUCGAAAGCUUUGUUGAACAACUCGCAUUUGUACCACCAAAUGAAGCACGACUCCAAACAAAGAGGUAUCGACAUCAACGGUGAUGUGGCUAUCAACAUGAGCCAAUUCCAAAAGGCCAAAGACACCUGUGUCAAGCAAUUGACCGGCGGUAUCGAAAUGCUUUUCAAGAAGAACGGUGUUACUUACUACAAGGGUCUCGGAUCCUUUGAGGGCGAAAACAGCAUUAAAGUUCUUCCAGUGGAGGGAAUUGAAGGCAGCGUGAGCGAAGAAACCAUUCUAGACGCUAAAAAUAUCAUCAUUGCUACCGGUUCCGAGGUCACACCUUUCCCAGGCAUCAAGAUCGACGAGGAAAGAAUUGUGUCGUCUACCGGUGCUUUAGACCUAAAAGAAGUUCCUAAGAGAUUGGCCAUCAUCGGUGGUGGUAUCAUUGGUCUUGAAAUGGGAUCUGUUUACUCUCGUUUGGGUUCCAAGGUUACUGUUGUGGAGUUCCAGCCUAAGAUUGGUGCCACCAUGGACAAUGAGGUUGCCACAACUACCCAGAAGUUUUUGAAAAAACAAGGCUUUGAUUUCAAACUUGGUACCAAGGUCGUCUCCGCCGAAAGAAAUGGCGAAGUCGUCAACAUCGAAGUGGAAAAUGUUAAGAGCGGCAAGAAGGAAUCUUUGGAAGCGGACGUCUUGUUGGUUGCGGUCGGCAGAAGACCCUACGUACAAGGCUUGAACUGUGAGUCACUUGGCCUAGAAGUCGACAAGAGAGGUCGUUUGGUCAUUGAUGAGCAAUUCAACACCAAAUUUCCUCACAUCAAGGUCAUUGGUGACGUAACCUUUGGCCCUAUGUUGGCCCACAAAGCGGAAGAAGAAGGUAUCGCCGCUGUGGAGUACUUGAAGACCGGUCACGGUCAUGUCAACUAUGCCAACAUUCCAUCUGUCAUGUACUCUCAUCCUGAAGUUGCUUGGGUGGGUAAAACCGAAGAGCAAUUGAAGGAGGACGGUAUUUCUUACAAGAUUGGGAAAUUCCCCUUCAUUGCCAACUCCAGAGCAAAGACCAACAUGGACACUGAAGGUUUUGUAAAGGUUUUAAUUGAUUCUGAAACCGAACGCCUUCUAGGUGCCCAUAUCGUUGGACCUAACGCCGGUGAAAUGAUUGCCGAAGCCGGUAUCGCUUUGGAGUAUGGUGCUUCAGCUGAGGACAUCGCUCGCGUAUGCCAUGCCCAUCCAACUUUGUCAGAAGCAUUCAAGGAAGCCAAUUUGGCUGCUUUCUCAAAGUCCAUCAACUUUUAA